GCGGGGCCGCGCCGCCAGCCCGCCCGGGCCGAGCCGCCGCGAUGGCGGUGCAGGCACUGCCCCGCGCGCCCCCCUUCGCGCCCUUCGGCUUCGGCGCGGCCGCCGACGCGCUGGGCUGCGCUUUCGAGGACGACGCGCCGCCCGCGGGCCCCGAGGGCGGCGGGGACGUGCGCGAGGCCACGCGCGAGCUGCUCAGCUUCAUGGACUCGGCGUCCAGCAACAUCAAGCUGGCGCUGGACAAGCCGGGCAAGUCCAAGCGCAAGGUGAACCACCGCAAGUACCUGCAGAAGCAGAUCAAGCGCUGCAGCGGCCUCAUGGGCGCCGCGGCCCCGGGCCCGCCCUCGCCGGCCGCCGCCGACCCAGCCGCCAAGCGGCCGCCGCUGCCCGUCGGGGCGGCGGGCCGGGCCGGACCGCGGCGGGACGCGGCGCAGGCGGCCGCCAGCAGCCUGCAGAGCCGCAGCCUGGCCGCGCUCUUCGCGUCGCUGCGGCCGGGCCGCGCCGAGCCGGCGGGCGGCGCGUGCGGGUCCGGCGGCGAGCCGGGCGCGGGGAAGGUGCCGCUGCGCGCCCGCAACCUGCCGCCGUCCUUCUUCACCGAGCCGUCGCCCGGCCCGGGGCCCGGCGCGCACGCGGGGGACCUGCUGGAGCUGCUGGGCGCCGACUUCGCGGCCGGCCCCGACGCGGGCGUCCUGCUGGAGCCGCUCGACGUGUUCGCGCCCGAGCCCGGCCUCUUCGCGCCGCCGGCCGGGCCCGCCGGGAGCCUGCCCUACCCCGCGCCCGCCGACGACGCCGCCUUCGCCGCCUGCUUCCCGGACUGCGCCCUGCCCGCGCCGCCGCCCGCCGCCUACGAGUGCGGCGCCUACGGCGGGCUCUGGCGGCCCGAGCCGGGCUGGGACGGGGCGCCCGGGGCCGCGCGCCGGGACUGAGUGGGGCCCCGCGGAGAUGCCCGCAGCCGCCGCCGCCGACGGGCCGAGGACCCGGGCGGGGACCGGGGAAGGGGGUGGGGGCGCGCGCGGGUCGGGCGGUGUCGCCGCCCGCCCCGUCUCCAGCCUUGCCGCCCAGGUCGGUGUGUGCGGUGCCGUUGUCCUCCCCCAGCCGGGCGCCGGCUGCCCCCACCCUCCGAGCGCGUCGUGGAUUAAAGCCUGUGCUGAAAAGAACCGUACCGAGAGCUGUUAUGGGGUCUUGUCUUCCUUAGGGACGGGUUUUUCAUUAGUCUCUUGUCUUUUGUGCCGAGUGGCCCACUGCUGAAACCCCCAGCUCGCUGCCAGGGAGUGGACCUCUGCUGAAACCCUCACCCCCAAAUCCCCGGCCAGCUGCUGAACGCCCCCCCCCCAGCCCCCGGCCAGUGAGUGGGGGACCUCUGCUGAACCCCCAGUGAGUGGCUCACUGCUAAAAACCCCUCUCCCCCUCGUCUCCUGCCCUCUGACCCAGGCCCCGGUUUACUUUGGGUAAAGUCUGACUUUCUUUUAGUGUGUUUCUGCGCGCGCUCUCUCUCCCUUUCUCUCUUUCUCUCUCUCUCUGUCUCUCUCGCUCUCGCUUGCUCUCCUUUUUCUCUUUCUUUCUCUCUUUCCUCUCUCCCUCCCCCCUCUCUCUCCACUUCUUACUUUCCCUCUCUUUCAGUCGCCUUUAUUUUUUCUCCUUUCAGCUUUUCUUGCAAAUUUAAUGCAAGUAGCUCAAAUUUGGCAAAUGGGGACCUGUUGUCUAGGAGGUGGAAAACCUCCGCUUCUCACCUGCCCAGUUGUGCGUGCUAGGUAACUGAGGAGAAAUUCAUAAAGAGCCUCGAAGUCACUUUGGUGCUUGAUUCGUUCUGCGGUUACGUCUUCCGUGCAUGUAUAAAUGAUUUCUAAGCGUGGAAACUUCUUGGCCCAUUACAUUGCCUACCGACUGCCAGUUCCCUGAUAAGCUGUGCACCCUCUCUUGUCUUUCUCCUUUGAUCUCAUCCUCGCUCCCUUUCCCGCCUCCCAAGCACCUCUUCACCCUAGGAAUAGCCUCACCAACCACACUCCCCAGCGAAGGGGAUAGUAAAGAGUGAACUUUGCAAAGGAGUUUGUUCUCUGAGAGGCGGUUUUGAUAAAAAACAACUGGCAAGGAAAAGAGAAAUUCAACAUGAGCUCUGAAAGAUUGGGAGAUAAAUCUGAAGAAGGGACCAUUCUGGGGAAGGGAGGGGGUUACCACAAAGCCAUCGCCAAGAAAAUAAGAUGCAUCAUCUACUAUGUUGCAGAAAUCCAGACAGCCAACCCUGGUAUGCUGUCUGCUUGUGAGAAAGGCAACCCCCAGCAUAAUUGUAAAAGAUUGUGAAAUUCCAGUUGAGUGCAAAUCAAAAGUGCUGCUAUUUUCAGAAAGGCAACUGUGAAAAAAAAAAGGCUAUAAGCCCUGGCAAACAGCAUUAAACACUAUCUCUGAAUCUUCUUUUCAGUAAAACCUUUCCUAAGCAAACAACACGGGAAAUAGAGCAACGAGUCUCCUUAACAAUGAAAAGAACUUUUACAGCUUCAGAAACCUGUUGUCUAUUGAAUUUCUUUCCAAGUGGUGAAAAGUGAUGGAUUACAUUAUGUUAGCAGAAAUAUUAUUCAAUAAUCAUUUAAUUUAUCUAAACUACUUCAUUGUGAGCACAAUCAAGGAUAGAAUUGCACAGUAGGAAAUCAUUAAUAAUCCUAUGACAAUUACUAAGGCUAUUAUGGUGUGUCAGUGUCUAUUCCUUAAUUUUCCUCUCUUCGUUCUCUAAUAAAGUGAGGUAUCUUUCGCCCAGCA